GGUUUAGCCGACAGUACACGUUACAGAGUGCCUCGCCUUGCAGGUCAAAUUCAGUCUAGACUUUUGCCUUGGACGACAUCGGCGCCGGACAACUCCUCGUCGGUGGAUUCUAUACAACAGAGUCUGCCAGAAAACAAACAUGUCCGCGUACUUAUUUGUUGAUAGUAAAAUUCAGUCAUCUGUUGUCUGCUGGUACAUUACCUACAAACGGCCAUACGAGUCACGUAAAGGGCGUGAUAGUUCUCUUGAAAUCUUACCAGGACGCUAUAUGCUGGGCAAUGAGCCGUAUGGCUUAUUUACUUAAACAAGGCAAACAAAGCCGGGAAAAGUUCUCGUUUCCAAAUAGACGUCAUCGACAUCGGCGUACUCUUCCUCCCACGUUUCUGAGGUCACUUUUCGUAAAAAUUCUAUCCAAAUGUUUGAAAAUAACACAUGACAAUGCCACGGGAUUGGAUUGCCCGUGUAUUUGAACUUUUCAAACGGAUGGGGAUAUGAUAAAAAAAAAGGAUUCCAACUGCGGGUCUACACAUGGGAAGUUGGGAAAUUACCCCCAGAGUAGAAUCCUCCCACCCUUUCCGCCUACUCCAGCCAGAAAAACGGCAACUUGCAAAGUCAAGUCACGAUCCGUUGAGUCUAGUAGAGCUUCUUUAUAAAAUGCGUCCGUAACUUAUACGUCCAACAGAUCACGUAUCAGUAUACAAGACGUAUCCGCACAGUGAAGACGCGUGAUCGAACUGUCCUACCAAUUUUCAAAGCCCAACAUGGAAUAUUUAAACGUUAUUGCCUUUCUAUUACUGAUGAUGAAUUUCACCUAUACCAAUUCAUCGCGUAUCGGAAGACACACCAACGGAGAUGUUUCUAGAACUUCCGAUGGAGAAAAACCUAUCGAUCCGGAACACGAAUUUCAGAUUCGCCUGAGUAGCGUCAGCAGCUUGGAGGCUUUGUUGCUCGAAACGAUUCGAGUAGGUGGAUCAGAAAUUUGUUCGUCUCCUUUCGCUCGAAGUGUCAUGCUCGGCACCUGGCGACACAACACACCCGAUCGUGACGAGCUGAGGGAUAAUUUAGAGUUGCGAAAAACUUGCUAUAACGCCUUGUUAAAGGAUAGCCCGAUGAACGCAGCCUCAACUCCCGUUGCCGCUUCGUAUCCCUUAAUGAACGAUUCACCCCCAGAUCAAGGAUUUAAUGACACUUCGGCUCACCAAGAUUUGACUUUUACGUUGCUCCGGCCAGCGGCGAGUGUUGCAGUCCCGCUACGGAUGUCACGGAUAGGAAUACAACCGCCAGCUCCGGCUCCUAAACGGGAAGCGGCAGCCGGUGCUGAGGUCUUGCAAAAGGCUAAUGAGAUUAUUAAAGACCGUUCUGCGGAUUGCAAACCACGGAAAAUUCCGGUUGAGAUACCUAAAGAACCAAACAUUACAUGGUUGCCGGCCUGUGCGUUAGUCGAACGUUGUGGCGGUUGCUGCAAGCACGAAUCACUUCAAUGCGUCCCGGUUCCAGAAGACAUCACCAUGAUGAAAAAGAAGGUAGUUGCUGUUAAUAAUAAAGGGGUAUAUUUAAACGUCAAGCACGUCAACAUAGAGAAACAUAACAAAUGCAGAUGCCAGUGUAAGGUCAAAGCAUCGGACUGCAAUCCACAACAGAUAUACGAUAAAAAUAACUGCCGAUGUGUUUGCAAACAGAACGGAUCAAAAUCUGGAAGAUCCACGCAGCAAACUUGCAAGGCUCCUUUAUAUUGGGACGAACGGAGUUGCAAAUGUCGUUGUCCCCCACAAAUUGACGUCGAAUGUUCUACAGGUUCUUUUUUCUCGUCGGAACAGUGCCGGUGUGUUACGGCAAGCGAAAUAAUUGAAGAGGAAAUCACAAAACGAAUGUGAAAUUAUUGAAUAUUUGAUAACGCUUCAACAAAUUACUGCACUAGGAAUACGGCGUUGCUUAUUUAAAUAUCGAGUCUUAAUGCUCUUUUGACCAUACCAGUAUCAUUAAACAAUUAUUGGGAUUAAAGAAA